GUCGGCCACGGUGCAGUGAAUCUAAGGAGCAUGGCAUCCACAGCAGCGUUGCUUAUAGCCUUGUCCCUUCUGGUCGCCUCGGCGACGAACGGUGGUGUCCAGGCGCAGCCCAUCGUGCCGGCGGUGAUCUCGUUCGGCGACUCGACCAUCGACGUCGGCAACAACAACUACCUCCCCGGCGCGGUCUUCAAGGCCAACUACGCGCCGUACGGGGAGAACUUCAGGCGCCGCGAGGCCACAGGGCGGUUCUCAGACGGCAAGAUCGUCACCGACAUCACCGCUGAAACGCUCGGCUUCGAGAACUACGCGCCGCCAUACCUCAGCCCGCAUGCGACGGGGAAGAACCUUCUCAUCGGCGCCAACUUCGCCUCGGCGGCGUCCAGUUACUACGACGACACGGCGGCCAUGUAUGACGCGAUCACGCUGACCCAGCAGCUGAAGUACUACAAGGAGUACCAGUCCAAGCUGGCAGCGGUGGCCGGACGCGCCAAGGCUCGCGCCAUCCUCUCCGACGCGCUGUACGUCGUCAGCACCGGCACCGGCGACUUCCUGCAGAACUACUACCACAACGCCUCCCUGGCCCGCCGCUACAACGUCGACCGGUACUGCAACCUCCUAGUCGGCAUCUUCUCCAACUUCGCCAACGAGUUGUAUAGUCUAGGGGUGCGGCGGAUCGGCGUCACGUCCAUGCCGCCGCUGGGCUGCCUGCCGGCGUCGAUCAGGCUGUACGGCAAGGGCAGCAGCGCGUGCGUGGCGAGGCUCAACCGCGACGCCGAGACCUUCAACGGGAAGCUGAACGCCACCGUCAAGGCGCUGAAGAAGGGGCACGCCGACCUCAAGAUCGCCAUCUUCGACAUCUACAAGCCCCUCCGCGACCUCGCCGAAGCGCCGGCGGCGAGAGGAUUCUUGAACGCGAGGGGGACGUGCUGCCGUACGGGGACGGCCAGGACGAGGGUCUACCUCUGCAACCCGACGGCGGCCGGAACGUGCCGGAACGCCAGCAGCUACGUGUUCUUCGAUGGCGUUCACCCGUCGGAGGCCGCCAACGUCUUCAUCGCGGAAUCCAUGGUCGACACGGGCAUCGAGCUAGUCACGUAGUAAUGGCGUGAAUGAACUAGACAGCAGCUGCAGGUGCAGCGUCAAGUCAAGUCAAUAGACUGUACGCCACCGUCGCUGCAGAUUGGUCUCCUGUUGUGUCGAAGAAAACUACUGUCACGACUCAAGAAUACCUUGAGAAAUUGCAUGGUUUUGGUUGGUACUACCGGUUUCGUCC